AUGAUUUCUGUUGUGGGCUAUGAAAAUUAAAAUAAUGUCAUAUACUAUGUUGUGUAAUUUGAGAACACUGUUUUAUAAAAAAGGUACUAAUUACUUUAGAGUGAUAGAUUUUCACAAUUUGAAGAACUUCAUCAAUAAUUACUUCCUUAUUUUCCUUUACCCAACUUACCACCAAAAUAAUAUGUGACAGUACUUAUUGGCAAAUCAAUUGAGUAAUUAGAAAAACGCUAAAAAGCUCUUGAUAUUUACAUAAAAGAGUUAAACAAGAAUCCUCGAAUAGUUAAAUCUUAUCAAUUUUAAUCAUUUUUGGGAUUAGCUUAAACUAUAUAAAUGAUUUAUGAAUUUGAAGGAGUGAGUUAACCAAUCAAAGAUUUCACUAUUAAUUUUGAUAUGGGUUUGAUGUUAGUAUUGGGAAGUGAGAAAAAGAGUAUACCAUCUAUUUUUAAUAAAGUAAAUCAGAAUUCAUAAACAUUGGGAACUUUAGAAUGUUGGCUUUAAAAAGAAGAAGUUUUUAAAAAAGAAUGGAUACAUUCGUUCAUUAAAUAAACUACUUGUUUCCAUCAUGAUGAUUAAACUGUUAUAAUUGGAUUUGAAGAUGGUUCACUUACUCUAUUACUGUUAAAUCAAUAAAAUGAAAUAGCAUCAUUAAAAGAAUAUCAUUAACAUUCCUCUAAAGUGCUUUCAGUUUAUUUAGCCAAUGGAUGUUUAUGUUCUGUAAGUGAAUCAGAAUUUAAGUAAUAUUAUUCUUAUUCAUUUCAGAGUAUUCUCAAUGAAUAAAAAUGAAUACAUAAUUAAUUCAUCCCUAAAAGAAAUCAAUGGACUUAUGAUUAGUGAUCAAAAAGCUUAUGUUUAUGACUUAUUAGGCACUAUUUAUAUUUAUGAUCUUUAAAAAAUGUCCCUCUUACUCAAAUUUGAUACAUAAUUAGAAAACAUUAAGGGAAUUACAAAAAAUAACAAUAAAUUAUAUUUUGUUAAUUAAUUUGGAAUUAUUUUAAUCUUUGAAACUGAAACUUAUACAGUUUUAUAAAAAGGGAAAGGAAAGGUAUAAGUAAAAUAAUACAUUAAUUAUGAGAGAGUAAAGAAAUAAGUCAUUCAGAGAGUAGAUAGGUGAUAUAUAUUGGU